AGCCUCCCUAAUCCUUUUAGCUGCGUGUGCUCAGCCAGGCACACACAGAUGUCUCUGUGUUUUGGUACAUGCUUUAUUGAAAUAUUAAAGGAAUGAAAAACAAGUGAUGACGAAUAAUAUAUGGAUUUGCUUUCCUCAUCUAUGGAUUCUCAGCAGAGACAUUGAAGACAGCGUUAUCAGUUUAUUUUUCUUUGGGGACGAGCUUAUGUGACGCAGAGAGCAUGGAAGGCUGAACAACCGAAGCCAUCUGAUAGAUGACAGAGCCAGCAGGUGGCUAAGGAUCUUGUCAAUUGUUUUGGGCUGCUCACAGCAUGUUUUACCCUGCUGUAUUGUGACCCUACCGUGAGAGAACCAGAGCCUUUUGUGCAUACAAUGGGCUGUUCUCCAUCAAAAGGUAAAGCUUUGGGGACUUAUGGCUCCUUCAGGAGGGGUAGAGCAUUGCUACCCGGGACAGAGGAUGCUAGUCCUCGAGACUUCCAGUGUGGCAGAGUCCAGAGAUUUGUCCGUAUCAGCAGAUGGAGAAACGAAAGAGAGAAAACCGGUCAACGGCCCAGCCCAGUCAUCGCAGAGGGAGCCUCCGUUCUCGCCGCAGAAAAGGAGAACUUGUUUGUCGGAUCCGCCUCAAGAAGUGGUCCAUUUGGAUACUGCAGGAAGUCAAGCAACAAGUACACUCCGGCUGCGAAGGGGAAACAGAAGUCGGUGGAGAAAGAUACGACGGACAAAAGAUUGGCCAAGAAACCAAAGAAAACUAGCACAGGUGUUAAACCUGUUAAAAAGGAGAAAGUGAAAAAAGUAAUUCUCUCAGAGCAGAAGGUAGACUUCCCAGAACCUCUGGUGAAGGCUCACCAGGCUGCUUAUGGUUUUUUAAACCCAAGUAUAACUAAAUAUGACAUUCUACUGGGACUCUUGGAACAGGCCACACAGACCCAGUGUCUGCAGCCUAUGGCCGCCUUCAUGCUCAUGCGUUAUGAGGAAUUAAAAUCGUGGCUUGGAAGCAUGGCUUACGAAGGAGAAAAACUCCUGAAGGAAAACGGUGAGCAUCUGGCUUGGCCAAUGUCCAAACGAAAAAAACCCUCAUCUUCUUCUCCUUUGAAGCCAGCCUCUGCCGACGUUGUACCCCCCACCAGAUUUGCUGCAGCAGCUGCUCCAGUACACCACACAACGGAUGCAGAAUGUGUGCCAGACUGUUGGGGGAAUUGGGGAUUCCGCUUUGGAGGAAGCCGUGGAGUACUUUGCAAUCGCUCUCUGAGCUUUUAGAAGAGAAACUGCAUAUCAAGCGUGCAACGGAUGCUAGGCUAAUGCAACUUCUCACACGGAUUGAAACAGCCUCGCUACGUAAGCCUGGACCAGAGGAUUCGGCUCUCUUUAGCGAGGACAGUGGUAUUGGGGCCGAGAGCGAAUCCCUGGCUGGAUCUGAAAGGCGGCUUAGGAGAGAAAGCUGUGAAUCUAC